GAUCGCUUAAAAAUAAAGCCGACAUAAUGCGGGAUGGUGACUUCAUCAGAAGCCCGGAGCGAUUAACAUCCUCUUAGCUCACAGUAGUUCUGUCUUUAAUGGUUUAUAAGCCAUCGCUCAGAAUCGAUUCCCCUUGUGGAGAAAAUGAACAGGGAUUUAACUUCCGGCGGGAACGCGACUGUUCGCUUCGGGACCAACGGAAAGCGGUUCCUGUGAGGGAAAGAAUCUACGAGUGUGUGUGAUCUCUCUCUUUGCUGAUAAUCUCGGACACACUUUAUGAUAAUAGCCAGCCCAGAUCACAGCAUGAUUUUGAGAACGUAAGUUAAUCAUAAUACUGUAACGGGCUUCGUUUCGCGCUUCAUUCAUAGGGCUCGCGCUCGAUUCUGAGUUAGCUGCUAGCACGCAGGCGUUUGCACAGCUGUAAACAAAUGCAGAAACGCGAGGUCAGCAACGCUGCAAUUCAACACCAGCGACCGCUGGAAAACCUCGAGACCCUCUGACCCAACAAUACACCCAACAAACGCGUUUACAAUGAGCAAAACACUCGAGAGCCGACAGAAUGAGAUGAGCUAGCACCGUCGCCUCAAACACAGCCCUCUCUGUAUGAGCGAGCGCACACUGCCGAGUGACCACGAGCGCUUCAGACGAGGCUGAGGUCGUUUAUUAUGACUCUAGUGCCGAGGAUUGUGAAAUGUGUCGAGAGGAGUGUGAAAAACGUGCUGUUUCAGUAUCGGUGCCGCGCGCACACGAGCACUAACACGCGCAGGCUGCGAGUGCUGCUGGAUAUGGACGGAGUCAUCGCAGACUUCGAGGGAGGAUUCUUAAAGAAGUACAGGGAGAAGUUUCCCAACGAGCCUUUUAUAUCUUUAGAGGACAGAAGAGGAUUCUGGGUGUCCACACAGUAUGGAGACAUGAGGAGUGACCUGUGUGAGAAGGCCAUCAGCAUUUGGGAGUCCAAAAACUUCUUCAUGGAGCUGGAGCCUCUUCCUGGAGGAGUGGAGGCGGUGAAGGAGAUGUCCAAGAUGGAGAAUACAGAUGUCUUCAUUUGCACCAGUCCAAUAAAACAUUACAGCUACUGUCCGUAUGAAAAGUACGCCUGGGUAGAGAAACAUCUAGGCUCCGAGUUCCUGGAGCAGAUCAUCUUGACCAGAGACAAGACCAUAGUGACCGGAGACAUCCUCGUCGAUGACAAACCUGACAUCCUGGGUGUGGAGCCCAAUCCGUCCUGGGAGCACGUCCUGUUCACCGCCUGCCACAACAAGCACCUGCCACCGAACCCAUUCCAGAGACGCCUUCAGUCCUGGGCCGACGACUGGAGGGGAGUCCUGCAGAGCAAGCGCCAGUAAACAUCACGAUUUGUGCUUGGAUGGGUAAAGGAUCCUGUAUCAGCCCUCAUAUUCAGUAUUCUCCUGUAAAUCGAUUAUGCAGGUCACACGGUAGUGUAAUAUACACAACUACGAAACGGAUUCAAUCUUUCAUGCGAGACUUUUAGCAUCAUUUUAUUGUUUGUUACGCUUCUACUGAGGGCUUGAAAUCCAUAGUUUACAUCGAGCAUAAACUGCCUUCCACCUCAGUCUCUAAUGGGAUCGUUGUAGAAACGAAGGGAGGAUGUUUAAAUGCUGUUUGCGCACAUAUAAACAUAAGCAUGCGAUUGUCAAAAUCACUAUGGUUUUCCACUGGUUUUCUCAUUCUGAUGGGAGUAUGUCGAGUUUAUUAAAAUAGUUUUAAUUCAGGGAGAACACAAUACUUGACGUGUUUGUUUGUGUGUUGUUUUUAUGUCACUAAACAAAGCCAUGUCGAGCUCAUCUACUGUGAUGGUGUGUUUUUGACGCUGUAGUUAUUAGUUGCUUUUUAAUCAGAGCGUCAUUUCGGUUCAUACUUUGUUAAUAUUUUUGGAAUGAAUCUUUUAAUAAACUUUUUUCUUAUGCCUUGAGGACAGGUGUUUUGGUUUAUGGCUUUGGCAAGUGCAUGAUCUCUUGUCAUGUCUAAUUAAUAAACAAACAUAAAGUACUGUUUAUGAUUUCAUUACUCCAGUUGCAUUAAUGCUUUUAAUCAGUGAUGCAUGAAAUUGAUCAGAAGUG